AUGGAUGACCUUGACUGCACCCCUGAUCAGAAGCUAAAAGGUGCAGUAUCUCUAUUAAGAGACGAGGCUUACCAAUGGUGGCUUACUAUUAAUGAGGGCACUCAAGCCGAUUGUUUGACCUGUGAGUUUUUCAAGACUACUUUCCAGGCUAAAUACGGAGAUAGGACAGUGGCAGAGUAUGAGGCCGAAUUUUUACGACUGAGCCGCUAUGCACGUGGGAUGGUCGCAACAAAAUAUGAGCGGUGUGUUCAAUUUGAGGAUGGCCUCAGGGAUGGUUUAAGGGUUCUAAUAGCUCCUCAGAGGGAGUGGGAUUUCACAGCACUGGUUGACAAGGCAAAAAUCACCGAGGAUGUGACAUGCGUUGAGCGCCAGAAUAGAGAGAAAGACAGAGGUAAAAGGGAUGUUGAGAGCUCAAAUUCUUUUCAGAGGUUUAAGAGAAAGCCUAGAGGUGAUGGACCAAUCAGAGUUAGGACCCCUGCUGCUGCUACUACUGGACCGUAG